CCUCAUUUGUAGACUAAAUGCCAAACAGACCGUCGAUGCACUGCGGACACUGGUGACGGCUUCGCCGAAGAAGUCGCCUCUCCCGAGGGCGGCCACGACGGCAGCGGUGCAGGCGCUCCAGACGCGCGAGUACCAUGAGGUCACGGGCGACAUUAUCGUGCCGUCCAUGGUGCAGGGUAUCGACCAUUUGCGCGAUCCGCGCCUAAACAAGGGCCUGGCGUUCACGCUGGAAGAGCGUCAGAUCCUUGGCAUCCACGGUCUGCAGCCGGCCCGCUUCAAGUCGCAGGAGGAGCAGCUGGAACUGUGCCGCAUCUCGAUCUCGCGUUACCAGGAAGAUCUGAACAAGUACCUCUACCUGGUGGAUCUGCAGGAUCGUAACGAGCGGUUGUUCUUCCGCCUGAUCUCGGAGGACGUGGAGAAGAUGAUGCCGAUCGUGUACACGCCGACGGUCGGAUUGGCGUGCCAGAAGUUCGGUCUGAUCUAUAGGCGGCCGCGUGGCCUAUUCAUAACGAUCAACGACCGAGGCCACGUCUUUGACGUUCUGCGUAACUGGCCCGAGUCGGACGUGCGUGCCAUCGUUGUGACGGACGGCGAACGUAUUCUGGGUCUCGGUGAUCUGGGUGCCUGUGGUAUGGGCAUUCCGGUGGGUAAGCUGGCGCUCUACACGGCCCUGGCCGGCAUUCCGCCCCACCAGUGCCUGCCGAUUGUGAUCGACGUCGGUACGAACAACAAGGACCUGCUGGAGGACCCACUGUACAUUGGGCUGCGGCACCAGCGGGUGCAGGGCAAAGAGUACGACGACUUUAUCGACGAGUUUAUGCAGGCCGUGGUAAAGCGUUACGGCCAGAACACGCUCAUCCAGUUCGAGGACUUUGGCAACCACAAUGCGUUCCGCUUCCUAGACAAGUACCGCAACACGUACUGUACGUUCAACGACGACAUCCAGGGAACGGCUUCGGUGGCCGUGGCCGGUCUGCUGGCCUCGAAGCGCGUCACCAACAAGCGUAUCUCCGAGAACACGUUCCUCUUCCUCGGCGCAGGCGAGGCCGCCGUGGGCAUUGCGGACUUGGUGGUGAAAGCGAUGCAGGCCGAGGGCACUGGCCUGCAGGAGGCACGCGAUAAGAUUUGGAUGUUCGACAUCGAUGGCCUGUUGGCGAAGGGUCGACCGGAGGGACGGCUCGGUGGCCACAAGGCGUACUACGCCAAAGACCACAAGGUAAUGAAGAACUUUGCGGAAGUCGUGAACGAGGUGAAACCGUCGGUGCUGAUCGGUGCGUCCGCCGCGGGCGGAGCGUUCACGCCCGAGAUUCUGCGGGCCAUGGGCCAGUACAACGAUCGUCCGAUCAUUUUUGCGCUCUCCAACCCUACUUCGAAGGCAGAAUGCACGGCGCAAGCGGCGUACGACAACACGGAGGGUCGUUGUAUAUUCGCUUCCGGUUCACCGUUCGCGCCGGUCAAGUACGGUGGCAAGACAUACGUGACGGGACAGGGCAACAAUGCGUACAUCUUCCCGGGUGUAGCGCUCGGUGUGAUCGUCACCGGAACGCACCACAUUCCGGAGGAUAUGUUCCUGAUCGCCGCUCAGGCCGUUGCCGAUCACGUGGCCGACUCCGAUAUCGAGAUGGGAUCGCUCUACCCACCGCUCAGUGCCAUCAAGGAGUGUUCCAUGGAGAUCGCUGUUGGCGUCACUAACUUCGCGUACCAGAAGGGGCUCGCUUCCACCUAUCCGGAGCCGCAGGAUAAGGAGGAAUACAUCAAGUCGCAUCUCUAUAACUACAACUACGAGAGCGCCAUGCCCGUCACAUGGCCAUGGCCGAAACCGCAGGAGGUGGCCAAAACUCGGGAAAUCAAUCCGACCAAACUGCAGGCCUAAACGGACCCUCCUGCAACGCACCCACCCACCCACUGUGUCACCAGUAUUUAUGUUCUCGAUCUUUGCUCAUUUAUUUAUUUUAAUCACCACCCACCCCUCGUCGAUCGGACGCGGUGGGAGCUUGGCCUGUCCCUCUUUACCCUCUUUCGUUCCUUAGUGGCGGAAAAACUGUUGAAAACAGAGCGUAAACGAUGUUCCUUUUUAGUGAAAUGAAGAUCGCUGACCCGGUAGUCUAAUUUUCCCACGCGACCCUCGGGGUGGCGGUUCCAUCGUCUUUCGAUGUGUGAUUUUUCGCUGGAUCGCGGAACAAACCUCCCCCCAUAUGGGACGGGAGGGUCCGGUACACGACCACGGAGCGGCAGACGAGGUUCCGAUCGUUUUUAUUUUAGUGUGUGACUGGCCGAAGAUGUGUUAGGAAAUCACGUGUUACAGGCAUCCAACGUUAGCGGCCGUUCCGUUUGGCUUUGUUACGUUUCAGAAACGUUAUCAAAUGGUUAAACGAUUGAAAAAGGCGCGUGUUAUCAGAAAUGGUGGAGAGUAAAUAAAUUACAAUGUUUGUUCCGACACACGAA